CUCUCUCGCUCACUCUCUCUCACACACACACACAACGCACGAGUCGGAAAUAGAAGAUAGAGGAGGUGGAUGGAGAAGGUUCAGCUGUCGAACGCCACCUCUUCCACUUCCUCUCCCGCGCCGCAGACGUCGUCGUCGUUUUCGAGCCUCGCGGCGUACGGGCGAGCGCUGGCAGAUACCCACCGACGGCUCGGGCGGCGGGCAGGGUCGGUAACGACAAGCUACGAGGAGAUGAGCCGGGUCAGGGCCCGGUCGGGAGCCGACAUGGCGCGGUCGCUGCGGUGGCCAGACCUCGUCGGGCUGGGGCUCGGUGGGAUGGUCGGCGCCGGCGUAUUCGUCGCAACCGGCCGCGCCGCCCGUAUCUGCGCCGGCCCCGCCAUCGUGCUCUCCUACGCCAUUGCCGGGCUCUGCGCCCUGCUCUCUGCCUUAUGCUACACUGAGUUCGCCGUCGACAUGCCCGUCGCCGGCGGGGCUUUCAGCUACCUUAGGGUCACCUUCGGGGAAUUUGCGGCCUUUUUGACGGGGGCGAAUCUGAUAAUGGAGUACGUCUUCUCCAACGCGGCCGUGGCGCGCAGCUUCACCGCCUAUCUUGGGACGGCCAUCAGCGUGGACACCACCGCCAAGUGGAGGAUCACCGUCGUCGGCCUCCCCGAAGGCUUCAACCAGAUCGAUCUCCUGGCUUUGGCCGUCGUCUUGCUCGUCUCCAUCUGCAUCUGUUACAGCACCAAGGAGAGCUCGGUGCUGAACAUGGUGCUGACGGCGACCCACAUCGCGUUCAUCCUGUUCAUCAUCGUGGUGGGGUUCUGGCGGGGGGAAACCCGGAACCUGAGGCACCCGGCCAACCCGGCGAAGAGCAACGGCGGGUUCCUACCCUACGGGAUAGCGGGGGUGUUCAACGGGGCAGCGAUGGUCUACCUGAGUUACAUCGGCUACGACGCCGUCUCCACCAUGGCGGAGGAGGUGCGGAACCCCGCCCGCGACAUCCCCAUCGGCGUCUCCGGCUCCGUCGCCCUCGUCACCCUCCUCUACUGUCUCAUGGCCGCCUCAAUGUCCAUGCUCGUUCCCUACGACGCCAUCGACGAGGAGUCACCGUUCUCGGCGGCGUUCAGAGGAUCGGACGGCUGGGGAUGGGUGUCGAACGUGAUAGGGGUGGGGGCCAGCUUCGGGAUCCUGACGUCACUCCUCGUCUCCAUGCUGGGCCAGGCACGCUACCUCUGCGUCAUCGGACGGUCCAGCGUCGUCCCCGCAUGGCUCGCCCGCGUCCACCCCAAGACCGCCACCCCCGUCAACGCUUCCGCUUUCCUCGGAGUCUUUACGGCGGCAAUCGCUCUCUUCACCGACCUCAACGUCCUCCUCAAUCUCGUAUCCAUCGGCACGCUCUUCGUCUUCUACAUGGUAGGCAACGCCGUGGUGUACCGGCGCUACGUCGCGGUGGGCUCGACGAACCCCUGGCCGACCAUAUCCUUCCUGCUCUCCUUCUCCUCCGUCUCUAUCACAUUCACCCUGAUAUGGCAAUUUGCGCCCGCCGGGUUGGCCAAGGCGGUGCUCCUCGGCGGCUGCACGGUGGUAGCGGUCGCCGUUCUCCAGGUCUUCAACUACCUGGUGCCGCAGGCUCGGAAGCCGGAGCACUGGGGGGUGCCGCUGAUGCCGUGGAUACCGGCCGUGUCCAUAUUCCUCAACGUGUUCCUGUUGGGCUCGCUCGAUGGGCCGUCGUACCUGCGGUUCGCCUUCUUUUCCGCGUUUACUGUGCUCGUCUAUGUCUUUUACAGCGUGCAUGCCAGCUAUGACGCAGAAGAAAAUGGUGGCCUCGUAAAAGUUGCAGAUAGCAUCAGCCAUCCUGCGGGAAAAGAUUGUGGUGGUGGUGGUUGUGGUUUCCAAGUGUGAUUCGGGGGAAAGCCCCGUUUUUGUACGAGUCUCUUUUCUCUUCCUCUGUAAGUUGGAUUAGAUGGGGAGUUACAGUUCCAAUGGACGGAAAAGAACUAGUAACAGUGAAACGGGCUGGAAGAAAACAAGCAAAGCAAAAGCAUUAUAUACUCCAAAGCUGUAACAUAGUAGCUUUUGUAUCCUAUUUUAGGGAGACUAUAUGAUCCAGAUAUAUUCCAGCUAUAUUCGUUUUUUAUUAUUAU